AUGGCGCUGCAACACAUCAUCGUGCCGCUCUACAUAUACCCGGAAGAAGAAGCGUGGGCGCCCCUGGCCGCGGCCGCGAGAAGACACGCCAACAUCAACUUCCUCGCCAUCAUCAAUCCGAACAAUGGCCCGGGCGCGGGACCGCUGCCCGACGCGAGCUACAGGGCUAGCCUGCGUCGGUUGCAGAGCAUCUCAAACAUCCAACUCCUAGGCUACGUGCACUGCACCUAUGGACGGCGACCUCGCGAGGACGUAUGCAGGGAUGUUGACCGCUACUACGGCUGGAAUGCGCAGCGGCUGCGCGUGGACGGCAUCUUUGUCGACGAGGUCCCCUCGGCCGCGGACGCAGUGCCCUACAUGGCAGACCUCGCUACGCAUGUCCGCUCCGUUUGGACCCGUCACUCGUCGGCAGCCCCUAGCGUGUUGGUGUUCAAUCCCGGCGUGGUGGUGGACGCGGACUUGGUCGUGCUAGCUGACUACGUGGUGGCCUUUGAGCAGGCCCACGAGCAGUGGAGGGUGCUCAGGGCUGAACAUGAAGCGCUCCGUCUUGAGGUCUGUAAUAAGGCUCUGGCCAUCGUCCACACCACGAGCAGCGAGGAUGGCAGCAUAGAAGAGGUGUUGCAGGAUGCAAAGGGUGCAGGGUUUGCUGGACUCUAUAUCACUGAUCAGCACGGCGGGGGCUUCACCAGGUGGCCAGCGCAGUGGGACAAUUUUGUACAGUUGCUGAGCUAUAGUACAGCUCGGGAGGAGACAUGA